AUGUCUUCUCAACAACUUGAGGCCAUGAGUCCCUCGGGUGACAGGGUGUAUCUUACACCUGACGCAUUGCCAUUUGAACUGGUUGAACAAACCGGUAUUUUUUUCGAGGAGAAGCUGUACACACCGGCCUUGAAUCUCUUAUUCAACACGCUUGCCUCCGGGACCUAUGCCUCAGAUAAAGCUAUAAUUCCGCGGCCGCAGCACCUUGCCCUCGCGGCAACUUUUCUCGUUCACCCGUCGACGACGACGCGCGCAAAAUUGUCCGAAGAAAAAGAGGCGCCUCAUCUUGCUCUUCGACUACUGCGACUUCUCAGUGCCUUGGUCAGUCCUAGGAGUGCAAACCUAAACCAAGCUUUUGGCUUCACACACUCUCAAUUUUCGCGCUCAGGGAGAAGGUACCGAGCAAACGAGAAUGAUCAGAGAAAUGAAUUACGCUUCGAUGAGACUCGGCUUCGGAGCUUCGAGCUGGCUCAGGAAGCGUCCGUUUGGUCUCGCGCAGAAGAUUUCUGGCAUGCGGCUGGGUGGGCGUUUAAUUGCUCCGUAUUACAUCCCGAGCGCUGGCAAUAUUGGCAGACCUGGCUGGAUUUUAUAUGCGAAAUGCUAGAAGACGAUUGGUCGGAACGGAAAAAGGAGUACGAUAGAUUACAGGACCAAAAGAAAAAUUGUCCAAAGAGCCCCUCAUCUGUCGGAAAGGUGACUAGAAAGGACAGAACAUCUCGGACACAAGAAGGUGAUCUGGAUUUGCUCCGGGAGAGCUUGAUCUUUCAGUAUGUCUGCGCAGGUGAAGGGUCUGGCAAAAACCGCCGAAUCAUCAGAGCCAUUUUUGCAGAUGGCAGUACGGCCGCGGUCAAUGAGUUUCGCGAGGUAUUUCACAACGAACUCAAGCUACCCAAAUCUAGCCAUCGGCGCGAAAUAGCCAAGAAAAGAGACCGCGAGGAAGUUAAUAUUGACCAAGAAGAAUACGGUGACUAUCUGACCCAAGAUGAAACAGACGAGGAUGACAGCACUAGUAUGAACACAAACAAGCCACAGUCUCGUGCUGCCACGCCUCUUCCCGAUACCGGGAAACUGAGACGCUCUAAGCGCACACGGAGAGGCACGCGGAACGCAUCGGAUGCAACUCCUACAGACCCGGUGAAAGAGAAUGAGCAUGCAAGCAAUACAUCUCUCACACAUCACAGCGGCAGUGUUUCGCUGAUGGGCGGUCUGGAUUCUCUCAGCCUGCGCACGCGCCUCCUGAGUAUUCUGUCCAAAGUAUCUGAGGUGUUUCCAGAAGACUUUACACCCGUGGCCGAGCUCUAUCACUUCUUUAUCGAGAAGAUUCGCCACUUGCCAUUGCCAAUAUUCCAAGCUUUUGUCAAUCCCCAUGUGCUCCCGCACUUCUCAGAUAUAGAACAGAUGACUCUUUGCGAACUUUUGCUGUUGAACAUGAUUGAAAGCUCUGCUCCACCCUCCGAAGAAGAAUUUUUCACCCAGUCCAAGCUGGAAAAUUGUUUUCUUCCUUUCGCUGCAGCUACAGCCAGUGUUGCCGACAAUGCCAAGGUAUCUAUUCUCCUCGAGUCACUUCUCAUGUUACUGGCGGACAGUGAGGAGAAACUAGACAUGAGGCCCUCAUUGAGAACAGCCGUUGAAAAUGGCAUCGUCAAACGGGCUGAUAAGGCGCAAGAGGAAAUGCGGCGAAGCCAGGCCAGUCGGGUCAAGGAGUCUCUUGAGUGGUGCUGGCUGCUUGAAAGUGGGGAGAGGUUGAUGUACCUGUUGGAUCUCCUAGGACCGCGAGGCCAUCAAAUGGCUGAAUGA